GGAGCCAGGAUUUAGGCUGCAGCUGCCGCCGUUUUAGGAAAUUCCACUUUGGCUGUGCUCGAGUUCCGUUAGGGGCGUGGAAAGCGGGCAGUGGCGUCUGCGUCGGGGGCUGCGGGGGUGUCCGAGCCGCUGUGACCAGCCUCCCGAUGGUCGGUCUCACCCGCUGCUCUGGAGCGGAUCUUCCCUGCUCGCUGCGCUGUUUCUCUCCCGCCCUCUCUCCGAGCCCCCAGCGGACUUAGCCUCGAACCUUCUUCCAGGUGCCCCGUUGCACGCUCGUUUUCAAUCCUCGAGCAUCUGCUGAGGCUUAAACUAGAGUGGCGUGGUUAAGAGCACGGACUCAGGAAUUUUGUUGCUGGACGUGGAGUUUUGGCAGUCAUGUGGGUGCCCGCGCCGUCCUGUCUCCCUUGUGAUAAUCGUUGUCUGUGGUGAGCCCUCAAGAGCGUUCGCUGCUGUUUUUAUCAGGACCUUUGGGGGGUACUAGUCUCCUUCCCUGAAAUACUGGUCCUCUAGCUCUUUCUGUGAUUGGCAUCGGUUCGAUCUUGGCUUUGUUGUAACCUCUGCUGAGAAGUAUUCCCUGGAAGCUUAUCAAAGUGAUGUGCUUUCUGAAAUUCUGAACCAUGAGCUUAGCACUUAAUGAUCUGCUUAUUUGCUGCCGUCAUCUAGAACAUGAUAGAGCUACAGAACGAAGGAAAGAAGUUGAGAAAUUUAAGCGCCUGAUUCGGGAUCCUGAAACUGUUCAACAUUUAGAUCGACAUUCAGAUUCCAAACAAAGCAAAUAUUUGAACUGGGAUGCUGUUUUUAGAUUUUUACAGAAAUAUGUUCAGAAAGAAACAGAAUGUCUGCGAACAGCGAAACCAAGCGUAUCAGCCUCAACACAAGCCACUAGGCAGAAAAAGAUGCAAGAAAUCAGUAGUUUGGUCAAGUACUUCAUCAAAUGUGCAAAUAAAAGAGCACCCAGACUAAAAUGUCAAGAACUCUUGAAUUAUAUCAUGGAUACAGUGAAAGAUUCAUCUAAUGGUCCCGUUUAUGGAGCGGAUUGUAGCAACAUUCUGCUCAAGGACAUUCUCUCAGUGAGGAAAUAUUGGUGUGAAAUAUCUCAGCAACAGUGGCUAGAAUUGUUCUCUGUGUACUUUGGUCUGUACCUUAAACCUGCACAAGACAUUAAUAGAGUUUUAGUGGCUAGAAUAAUUCAUGCUGUGACCAAAGGAUGCUGUUCACAAACCGAUGGAUUAAAUGCCAAAUUUUUGGAUUUCUUUUCCAAGGCUAUUCAGCAUGCAAGACAGGAGAAGAGCUCUGCAGGUCUAAAUCACAUCUUAGCAGCGUUUAUUAUCUUCCUCAAGACGUUGGCUGUAAACUUUCGAAUUCGAGUGUGUCAAUUAGGAGAUGAAAUUCUUCCUACCUUGCUUUAUAUUUGGACCCAACAUAGACUUAACGAUUCCUUAAAAGAAGUAAUUAUUGAAUUAUUUCAACUGCAGAUUUAUGUGCAUCAUCCAAAGGGAGCUAAAACCCAAGAAAAAGGUGCUUAUGAAUCAAGUAAAUGGAAAAGUAUCUUGUAUAACUUAUAUGAUCUGCUAAUUAACGAGAUCAGUCAUAUAGGAAGCAGAGGGAAAUAUUCUUCAGGAUCUCGUAAUGUUGCUGUCAAGGAAAACUUGAUUGAGUUGAUGGCAGAUAUUUGUCACCAGAUUUUUAAUGAGGAUACUAGAUCUUUGGAGAUUUCUCAGUCUUACACUACCACCCAAAGAGAACUUAAUGAUUACAGCACGCCUUGCAAAAAGAAGAAAAUAGAAUUAGGCUGGGAGGUGAUAAAAGAUCAUCUUCAGAAGUCACAGAGUGAUUUUGAUCUUGUGCCUUGGUUACAGAUCACAACCCAGUUAAUAUCCAAAUAUCCUUCAAGUUUACCUAACUGUGAGUUGUCACCAUUACUGGUGAUACUAUACCAGCUUCUGCCUCAACAUCGACAUGGGGAGCGCACGCCGUAUGUGUUACGAUGCCUUACAGAAGUUGCAUUGUGUCAAGGGAAGAAAUCCAACCUAGAAGUCUCACAGAAGUCAGAUUUAUUGAAAUUCUGGAUUAAAAUUUGGUCUCUUACCUUUCGUGGUAUAAGUUCUGAGCAAAUACAAGCUGAAAACUUUGGUUUACUUGGAGCUAUAAUUCAAGGCAGUUUAAUUGAGGUUGAUAGAGAAUUCUGGAAGUUAUUUACUGGGUCAGCCUGCAGACCAUCAUGUCCUGCAGUAUGCUGCUUGACUCUGGCAAUGACCGUCUGUGUGGUUCCAGAAACUGUAAAAACAGGAGUGGAGCACAGUCUGUGUGAAGUAAAUAGAAGUUGUUCUUUAAAGGAAUUGAUAAUGAAAUGGCUCUUACUCUAUCAUUUAGAGGAUGACUUUGAAGACGGUACAGAGCUGCCUCCAGUUCUUCACAGUAAUUUUCCUCAUCUUGCAGUGGAGAAAAUUCUUGUGAGUCUCACUAUGAAAAAUUGUAAAGCUGCAAUGAAUUUUCUCCAAAGAGUGCCAGAAUGUGAACAACACCAAAAAGAUCAAGAAGAGCCUCCAUUCUCAGAAGUUGAAGAACUGUUUCUUCAGACAACUUUUGACAAGAUGGGUUUUUUAACCAUUGUGAAAGAAUGUGCUGUAGAAAAGCACCAGUCCACCGUAGGCUUUUCUGUCCACCAGAACCUCAAGGAAUCACUGGAUCGCUAUCUUCUGGGAUUAUCAGAGCAGCUUUUACAUAACUACUCAUCUGAGACUACAAAUGCAGAAACGCUUAUCCGGUGUUCAAGUCUUUUGGUGGGUGUUCUUGGCUGCUAUUGUUAUGUGGGAGUAAUAGCUGAAGAGGAAGCAUAUAGAUCAGAACUAUUCCAGAAAGCCAAGUCUCUAAUGCAGUGUGCGGGAGAAAGUAUCACUCUGUUCAAAAGUAAGACCAAUGAGGAAUCUAGGAUUGCUUCCCUGAGAAAUAUGAUGAAUCUCUGUACCAGUUGCUUGUGUAAUUGUACCAAGCCCAGUCCAAAUAAGAUUGCAUCUAGAUUUUUCCUACGAUUGUUGACAUCAAAGCUCAUGAAUGAUAUUGCAGAUAUUUGUAGAAGUUUGGCGUCCUUUAUCAGAAAGCCAUCUGACUUUGGAGAAGUAGAAUCGCUGGAAGAUGAGGCUGAUGAAAAUCUGAUGGAGGUGGAGGAUCAGUCAUCCAUGACCCUGUUCAGUGACUACCCUCCUGGCAGCUCCAGUGAUGCCCCCAUGUCUGGAGAUGGCCAGAGUACUUUUGGUGCCAUGAAUCCUUUAGCUGAAGAACAUCUGUCAAAGCAAGAUCUGCUCUUUUUAGACAUGCUCAAGUUCUUGUGUGUGUGCGUAACUACAGCUCAGACCAGUCCAGUGUCAUUUAGAGCAGCGGACAUUCGGAGGAAGUUGUUAAUGUUAAUUGAUACUAGCAUGCUAGACCCUACUAAAUCCCUCCACCUACACAUGUAUCUACUGCUUUUAAAGGAGCUUCCUGGAGAAGAAUAUCCUUUGCCCAUGGAAGAGGUUGUUGAACUUCUAAAACCACUCUCCAAUGUGUGUUCUUUGUAUCGCCGUGACCAGGAUGUUUGUAAAACACUUUUAAACCACUUUGUUCAUAUAGUGAGGAACCUGUGUCAAGGGGAUAUGGAUGCUGAAAACGCAAGGGAUGCUCAAGGGCAGUUUCUGACAGUGAUUGGAGCAUUCUGGCACCUAGCAAAGGAGGGGAAAUGCACAUUCUCUGUAAGAAUGGCACUAGUGAAGUGCCUUAAAACUUUGCUUGAGACCGAUCCUUAUUCAAAAUGGGCUAUUCUUAAUGUAAUGGGAAAAGACUUUCCUGUAAACGAAGUAUUUCCACAUUUUCUUGCUGAUAACCAUCAUCAAGUUAGCAUGUUGGCAGCAGAGUCAAUCAACAGAUUAUUCCAGGAUAUGAAACACAGAGGUUCGUCCACAUUAUGGAAAGCACUUCCUUUGAAGCUUCAGCAAACAGCUUUUGAAAAUGCAUACUUGCAAGCUCAGGAAGGAAUGAGAGAAGUGUCCCACAGAGCUAAGAACCCUGAACUUUUGGAUGAGAUUUAUAACAGAAAAUCUGUUUUACUGAUGACGAUAGCUGUGGUUUUAUGCUGUAGCCCAGUCUGUGAAAAACAGGCUUUGUUUGCGCUGUGCAAGUCUGUAAAAGAGAAUGGAUUAGAACCUCACCUUGUUAAAAAGGUUUUAGGGAAAGUUUCUGAAACUUUUGGAUACAGACGUUUAGAAGACUUUAUGGCUUCUCAUUUGGAUUAUCUGGUUUUGGAAUGGCUAAAUCUUCAAGAUACUGAACAUAGCUUAUAUUCUUUUCCUUUUAUUUUACUAAACUAUACAACCGUUGAGGAUUUCUAUAGAUCAUGUUACAAGGUUUUGAUCCCACAUCUAGUGAUUAGAAGUCGUUUUGAUGAGGUGAAGUCCAUUGCUAAUCAGAUCGAAGAGGAUUGGAAAAGUCUUCUAACACACUGCUUUCCAAAGAUUCUUGUAAAUAUUCUUCCUUACUUCGCCUACGAGGGUACAGGAGACAGUGGGAUGGCACAGCAGAGAGAGACUGCUACCAAAGUCUACGAUAUGCUUAAAGAUGAAAAUUUACUAGGAAAACAGAUUGAUCAUUUAUUCCUUAGUAAUUUGCCGGAGAUCGUUGUGGAGUUAUUGAUGACGUUACAUGAGCCCGCAGCUGCAGGCACCAGCCAAAGCACGGACCUGUGUGACUUUUCAGGGGAUUUGGAUCCUGCACCUAACCCACCUCAUUUUCCUUCACAUGUGAUUAAAGCAACGUUUGCCUACAUCAGCAAUUGCCAUAAAACCAAGCUUAAAAGCAUUUUAGAAAUUCUUUCCAAAAGCCCUGAUUCCUAUCAGAAAAUUCUUCUAGCCAUAUGUGAGCAAGCUGCUGAGACAAAUAAUGUUUAUAAAAAGCACAGAAUUCUUAAAAUAUAUCACCUGUUUGUUACUUUAUUACUGAAAGAUAUUAAAAGUGCCUUAGGAGGAGCUUGGGCCUUUGUUCUUCGAGAUGUUAUCUAUACUUUGAUUCAUUAUAUCAACAAAAAGCCUUCUCGUUUCGUGGAUGUGUCGUCACGGAGCUUCUCCCUGUGUUGUGACCUGUUAAGCCGGGUUUGCCACACGGCAGUCACUUACUGUAAGGACGCUCUGGAAAAUCAUCUCCACGUGAUUGUUGGCACACUUAUACCCCUUGUGGACGAUCAGAUGGAGGUGCAGGGACAGGUGUUGGACUUGUUGAAAUACUUAGUGAUAGAUAACAAGGAUAAUGAAAACCUCUAUAUGACAAUUAAACUUUUAGAUCCUUUUCCUGACCAUGAUGUCUUUAAGGAUUUGCGCAUUACUCAGCAGAAAAUUAAAUACAGUAAAGGACCCUUUUCGCUUUUGGAGGAAAUAAAUCAUUUUCUCUCUGUGAGUGCUUAUGAUGCCCUUCCCCUGACAAGGCUGGAAGGCCUGAAGGAUCUCCGCAGACAGCUAGCUCAGCAUAAGGACCAGAUGGCCGGCCUCAUGAGAGCAUCUAAGGAUAACCCGCAGGACGGCAUAAUGGUGAAGCUCAUUGUCAGCUUGUUGCAGUUAUGCAAGAUGGCGGUGAACCACACUGGUGAAAUAGAAGUUUUAGAGGCUGUUGGAAGCUGCCUGGGAGAAGUGGGUCCUGUCGAUUUCUCCACGAUAGCUCUGCAGCACAGUGGAGAUACGUCUUCUACCAAGGCCCCUGAGUUGUUUAAGGAUAAGGAACUUCAGUGGACCUUCAUAACCCUGACCUACCUGAAUAACACGCUGGUAGAAGACUGUGUCAAAGUGCGAUCGGCUGCUGCUACCUGUUUGAAAAGCAUUUUAGCCACAAAGACUGGACAUAGUUUCUGGGAGAUUUAUAAGACGACACCUGAUCCCAUGCUGAUCUACCUACAGCCUUUCAGAACAUCAAAAAAAAAGUUUUUAGAAGUCCCCAGACUGGAGAAAGAAAGUCCAUUAGAAGGCCUGGAUGAUAUGAGCCUGUGGAUUCCUCAAAAUGAAAAUCAUGACAUUUGGAUAAAGAGGCUGACUUGCGCCUUUUUGGAUAGUGGAGGCACGAAAAGUGAAAUUCUUCGAUUAUUAAAGCCAAUGUGUGAAGUGAAAACUGACUUUUGUCAGGCUGUGCUUCCAUACUUGAUUCACGAUAUUUUACUCCAAGAUACAGAGGAAUCCUGGAGAAAUCUGCUUUCUGCGCACAUUCAGGGAUUUUUCACUAACUGUUUCAGACACUCCUCACCACCGAGCCGAUCCACGACCCCUGCCAAUUUGGAUUCAGAGUCAGAGCACCUGUUCCGAUGCUGUGUGGACAAAAAAUCACAGAGAACGAUGCUUGCUGUUGUGGACUACAUGAGGAGACAAAAGAGACCUUCCCUAGGAACAGUUUUCGAUGAUGCUUUCUGGCUGGAGUUGAAUUAUCUAGAGGUUGCCAAGGUGGCUCAGUCUUGUGCUGCUCACUUUACGGCACUGCUCUACGCAGAAAUCUACGCAGAUAAGAAAAGCAUGGAAGACCAAGACAAAAGAAGUCUUACGUUUGAAGAAGCAAGCCAGAGUACAGCUAUUUCUAGUUUGAGUGAAAAAAGUAAAGAAGAAACUGGAAUAAGUUUGCAGGAUCUGCUCUUAGAAAUCUACAGAAGUAUAGGAGAGCCCGACAGUCUGUAUGGCUGUGGUGGAGGGAAACUGCUACAGCCCCUCACUAGACUGCGCACAUAUGAACAUGAAGCAAUGUGGGGAAAAGCCCUGGUGACAUAUGACCUUGAGACGGCCAUAUCCCCAUCAACCCGCCAGGCAGGGAUAAUCCAGGCCUUGCAGAAUUUGGGACUCUGCCAUAUUCUUUCCGUCUAUUUAAAAGGACUAGAUCAUGAAAAUAAGGAGCGGUGCGCUGAGCUGCAGGAGCUCCACUACCAGGCAGCUUGGAGGAACAUGCAGUGGGACCACUGCCUUUCCGUCAACAAAGGUGUGGAAGGAACCAAUUACCACGAAUCAUUGUACAAUGCUGUGCAGUCUCUGAGAGAUAGAGAAUUCUCCACAUUUUACGAAAGUCUCAGAUAUGCCAGGGUGAAAGAAGUGGAGGAGCUGUGCAAGGGGGGGCUCGAGUCUGUGUACUCCCUGUACCCCACACUCAGCAGGCUGCAGGCCAUUGGUGAGCUCGAGAACAUCGGGGAGCUGCUCGCCAGAUCAGGCACGGAUAGUAGGCAGCCCUCUGAAGUAUACGCUAAGUGGCGGAAACACUCCCAGCUUCUCAAAGACAGUGAUUUCAGUUUUCAGGAGCCCAUCAUGGCUCUCCGCACAGUCAUUUUGGAGAUCCUGAUGGAAAAGGAAAUGGAGAACUCCCAGAAAGAAUGUUUUAGGGACAUUCUCACCAAGCACCUUGUAGAACUCUCCAUACUAGCCCGAACUGUCAAGAACACUCAGCUCCCUGAAAGGGCAAUGUUUCAAAUUAAACAGUAUAAUCCAGCUAGUUGUGGAGUCUCUGAGUGGCAGCUGGAGGAAGCCCAAGUAUUUUGGGCAAAAAAGGAGCAGAGUCUUGCCCUGAGUAUUCUCAAGCAGAUGAUCAAGAAGUUGGAUGCCAGUUGUGCAGAGAAUGAUCCCGACCUAAGACUUAUAUACGCAGAAUGUCUGCGAGUUUGCGGCACCUGGUUAGCAGAAACUUGCCUAGAAAACCCUGCGGUCAUCAUGCAGACUUAUCUAGAAAAGGCAGUGGAAGUUGCUAGAAAUUAUGAUGGAGAAAGCAGUGAUGAGCUUAAAAAUGGAAAAAUGAAAGCAUUUCUCUCAUUAGCACGGUUCUCGGACACGCAGUACCAGAGAAUUGAAAACUACAUGAAAUCGUCAGAGUUUGAAAACAAGCAGGCUCUUCUGAAAAGGGCCAAAGAAGAAGUGGGCCUUCUUAGGGAACAUAAAAUCCAGACCAACAGAUACACAGUAAAGGUCCAGCGGGAGCUGGAGCUGGAUGAAUGUGCACUCCGUGCACUGAAAGAGGACCGUAAACGUUUCCUAUGUAAAGCAGUUGAAAAUUACAUCAGUUGCUUACUGAGUGGAGAAGGACACGAUAUGUGGAUAUUCCGUCUUUGUUCUCUCUGGCUUGAAAAUUCCGGAGUUUCCGAAGUCAAUGGCAUGAUGAAGAUCGAUGGAAUGAAGAUUCCAUCCUACAAAUUUUUGCCCCUUAUGUACCAGUUGGCUGCUAGAAUGGGGACCAAAAUGAUGGGAGGCCUCGGAUUUCAUGAAGUCCUCAAUAAUCUUAUCUCUAGAAUUGCAAUGGAUCACCCCCAUCACACUUUGUUUAUUAUACUGGCCUUAGCAAAUGCAAACAAAGAUGAAUUUUUGACCAAACCAGAGGCAGCAGGAAGGAACAGAAUAACUAAAAAUGCACCUAAACAAAGCUCUCCGCUCGAUGAGGAUCGAACCGAGGCUGCAAAUAGAAUAAUACAUACUAUCAGAAGUAGGAGACCUCAGAUGGUCAGAAGUGUGGAGGCGCUCUGUGAUGCUUAUAUCAUAUUAGCAAACUUAGACGCUGCUCAGUGGAGGGCUCAGAGAAAAGGCAUAAGUAUCCCAGCAGACCAGCCAAUUACUAAACUGAAGAAUUUAGAAGAUGUCGUUGUUCCAACUAUGGAAAUUAAGGUGGACCCUACCGGAGAAUACAGAAAUCUGGUGACUAUACAGUCAUUUAAAGCAGAAUUUCGUUUAGCAGGAGGUUUAAAUUUACCUAAAAUAAUAGACUGUCUGGGCUCUGAUGGCAAGGAAAGGAGACAGCUCGUCAAGGGCCGUGACGACCUGAGACAGGACGCGGUCAUGCAGCAGGUUUUCCAGAUGUGUAAUAUGUUACUGCAGAGGAACACGGAGACCAGGAAGAGGAAACUGACCAUCUGCACAUACAAGGUGGUCCCGCUUUCUCAGCGAAGUGGAGUCCUUGAAUGGUGCACAGGAACUGUCCCCAUUGGUGAGUUCCUUGUGAACAACGAGAACGGUGCUCAUAAGAGAUACAGGCCGAAGGACUUCAGCGCCCUUCACUGCCAGAAGAAAAUGAUGGAUGUACAAAAGAAGUCUUUUGAAGAGAAAUAUAAAACGUUCAUGGAUGUCUGCCAGAAAUUUCAACCGGUUUUCCGUUACUUCUGCAUGGAAAAAUUCUUGGACCCAGCUGUUUGGUUCGAGAAGCGACUGGCUUAUACUCGCAGCGUGGCUACUUCCUCUAUCGUUGGUUACAUACUUGGACUUGGUGAUCGACAUGUACAGAAUAUCUUGAUAAAUGAGCAGUCUGCAGAACUUGUACAUAUAGAUUUGGGAGUUGCUUUUGAGCAGGGUAAGAUCCUCCCUACUCCCGAAACGGUUCCUUUCAGACUCACCAGAGAUAUUGUGGAUGGGAUGGGCAUUACUGGUGUUGAAGGUGUCUUCAGAAGGUGCUGUGAAAAAACCAUGGAGGUUAUGAGAAGCUCUCAGGAAACCCUGCUAACCAUUGUGGAGGUUCUCCUCUACGACCCCCUGUUUGACUGGACCAUGAAUCCUCUGAAAGCUCUGUAUUUACAGCAGAGGCCGGAAGAUGACACUGAGCUGCACUCCACUCCCGGCGGAGAGGACCAGGAAUGCAGACGCAGUCUCAGUGACACCGACCAGAGCUUCAACAAAGUAGCGGAACGCGUGUUGAUGAGACUACAAGAGAAACUGAAAGGAGUGGAGGAGGGAACGGUGCUCAGUGUUGGGGGGCAGGUGAAUCUGCUCAUACAGCAAGCCAUGGACCCCAAAAAUCUCAGCCGACUUUUCCCAGGAUGGAAAGCUUGGGUGUGAUCCAGCACAUGAAUUUCCCUUCAGCUCAGCCUUUAGAGUUAUACUGUGGCCUUCAUUUUUAACCCAUCCAACAGACUUUGAAUAGGUAUUAAUACUUUACUAGUGAACUAUUUACGGUGUUUUUGAAAAAAUGCUUAAUACUUGAUCACCUGAAGAGGCCCUUACAGUCUCAAGGAAGAUCUCGUCUCUCAGAUGUUAGAGGUAACUAUCAUUCAUACUGUACUUCCAGGCUAAGUGUUUGUUUUUUCUUCUCAAGUACAUAUUUGUAUUGUUCUCAGUAAAAUCCCUGACCAAUGCGUUAGCUGAAAAUGGAAGCAGCUGGAAGGCAGAACAUCAGUGACAGUGUUUGCUUGAGUAUGAAUUAGAAGAAAAGAAACUGCUGGUUUGAGGUAGCUUUUAAUUAAAACUUGUUUUCCAGAUAUUACAUAUGAAUGAUAAGUUAUUUGAAAAACUUUCAAAUUAUAACCGUCUAUAUAUCAUGGUAAAGCCACAUUAAGAAUAAGCCAUGUUGAAAGCAAGUUAGUACUUCAGAAGUAGGUCUGGAUUUUCAGUAGGAUCACCCAGCGUCACUGAAUAAUGAAGUUGUUACAUUAUGGAGAACAAAUUUCUAAGACACAGUUAGUAUGGUUUCUAUUUUUAAAAGUGUAUAUUGGGCAUUCUCAUUUUAUUCUGUAUCUUUUAAACCCUUCUGUGCUUUCUCUCUCUGAUGACUUUAUAUCUCUUCUAGUUUAUGAGUUCUCUUGUCAGCUGUGUAUAAUCUUCUUUUUAGACUGUUGACCAUGUUUCUUUUUUUCAAAAAUUAUUUUCCAUUUCAGGGUCCCUGGGUGGCUCAGUCAGCUAAGGUCACGAUCCCAAGGUUCUGGGAUCGAGCCCCGCAUCGGGCUCCCUGCCCAGCAGGGAGUCUGCUUCUCCCUUCUCCCUCUGCCUCUCCCCCUGGCUCAUGGUUUCUCUCUUAAGAGAGAAAUAAAAUCUUUUUAAAAAUUAUUUUUCUAAUAGCUCCGCAUUACAGGAAAUUCCUAUUGUUUGUAUUUGUUGAAUCUUGUAUUUGGUGGAAUGUUUAUCCAUGUAUUUUGUAAUUUUGGAAGGUGAGCUUCAGCAAGGCUUUCUCUGUGGGAAUCUUGAGUGACCUGGGUUAAGAAUAAUUCAUUCCAGAUAAGGUUUCUGGAGAACUCUUCUUAAAAUUAUAUUGCAUUUCAAAUUAUAAACUUGGUGUAUCUUUUUCUUGCACACUGCCUAAAUGAAGGCUUGGUAUAUACAGGAAGUUGUAUUACUGUAGUGAAUCAGGAGAUUGUAAGUAAAUUUAUAAUGUCUUUAAGGAAGCCUUGAAAUCUUCGUGGAUGGAGUAAGAAAUUACUAGCUAGAUGACAGUACAGGUUUAUGAAUUUGUAGCUAAUUAAUUCUUGCUAGCUGAUGUAUGCAACUGAAUAACAUCAUUCAGCUCCUCGUCAGCCUGGAGGUCUGCCAUAAGUUUCCUGUCCUGUUUCAAAUAUUCUUAACAAUGGUUUUGGACAGUUUCCCAAAUUUGCAGAUAACAAAUCUAGGAGGAAUAGCUCAUUCACAGGUGAUAGAAUUAAAGAUUUUGACAGGAACACAGUCUAGAAAUGAACAGGUUUUAAAAACAUUAAUUAUACAACUUGUUGGAUGCUGGGUUCCUGACAUCCAUUCUGUGCAGCAUACUGUGGUAGGUUAGUGAUGUUACUCCAGAUUGCAGCUGGAGGAAGUGAAGUUCAGAGAAAAGUAACUUGUCCAAGAGAAUACAGUAGUAAAUUGAAGGUACAAGUGUAAUACGGACAAAAAAUGUAGGCUCACCAGUCAGUUCAGUGCAAACCAAGUACAGCAGCUACUAGAAAGGCAAAUGAAUUGUAGGCAGAACAGGGUUGUCUGGAUUAAGGGAGAUCGUUGCCCUGACACCACUCUCUCUGCAGACAUACCACCUCAAGGUAUCUCCUUCUAGUACACAUUUAAAAUAUAUGCACUUAGAAAUGCUAGAUUUAAAUAUAGUAUAAAGGAAAUCAAAGCAAAGAGGAAAAACUCUGGAUUUCUUAUUUGCAGUAGGCAAUUUUUUAGAAAGUAUACUGACUUUGACAUAUAGAAAUAGGUGCCAUUUCAAAUAUGUCGUUUGCACUUUAAUGAAAUUACAUAUUUUCUGUAGAUUUUAGUACCAUUGAAUGUAUUUCUUUACUACACCGUUACCAGAAUCCAGUUACACUGUUCCCUGUUUUUGAAUAAAUAAUCGUAAAAGAAAAUAUAUGCUAAGACUCAUUUAUUGUAUUCAGAUGUUUGAGUGUUCUGUGUGCCAGGCCCAGGCUAGUUAGGAGACAGCAGUGAGGGAACGGGAAGGGUGGACCCUUACAGAGAUUGCAGUCUGGGGCAGACCCACAACUUCCUGUCCAGUGUCGACUGGGAAGCCUGCCAUACAGAACCAGCCUGGUAGGCUGUAUCUCAGUCUAAAUGGUCUCCUUGUCUGUCUUUCUUACCCCAUUACAAAAAGGCUAAUAAAUGUUCCUUGUUUGGGCCCAGAGAGUGAUCUAGUUGACAUUUCUAAAGUCUGGAAGAUACAUACUAAAAUAUGACAAAUACAAAGGUCCUGAGAUCCUAAAUGUGAAGUCAGCAUUCCAUAAUAUUUAUCAUUUUUUAAAUAAAAUAAUUCAGUCCUUCAGAGUUUUGGGCUCUCAUUAAUCAAAAAAUGAGUUUUGCAUAAAUACCACAGAAUCAGAUUUUUACAAAGUUUAGAUUCAGAAUUUGGUGAGGAGGGUGAAAAUCUUAUAUACUGAAAAUUAUUCCCUAAAAAAUUCUUGAACUUGUCCAUAAUGUACAGCAUGCAUGUUGCUAAAGGACAGCAAUAUGUAAAACAUGUGUACUUUGUACACUUAUGUACAGCCUCUGACUCUAAAGCAGUGGUUUUCAACCGGGGUAAUUUUGCUUCGUGACUCCCCACCCUCACAGAAGACAUUUCAUAAUGUCUGAAGACAUGUUUGUUGUCACUGGCAUGGUGAAAGCAUGAAACACUGACACACAGUAUUGAAGGUGAGGGUAUUUCCAAACUGGGACAGAAACAUGUAGGAGAGAAAUGAUCAUGAUUUUACUUGGCUCUUGCCCUGCUGUUAAGUGUGUUCAAUGCUGGUCUACAACUCACGUGGGGGUCACUAUUUUUUAACUGUGGUAAAAUACGCAUAACUUUACCAUCCUUACUAUUUUUAAGUGUACAGUUCAGUAGCAUUAAAUGCAUUCACACUGUCGUGCAGCUCAUCUCCAGCACUCUUCGCCUUGCAAAACUGAAAUUGUAUGGGGAGUUGUGGAAUGGUUAUUCUCCCCUCCAGGUGGCCCUUGGCAACCACCAUUCUAUUUUCUGUCCCUAGCUACCUCCUGUAAGUAAAACCAUAUAAUAUUUGUGUUUUUGUAACUGGCUUAUGAACAUAAUGACCUUAAGGUUCAUUUGUGUAUGUCAGAAUUUCAAGACUAAGUAUUCCAUUGUACAUAUAUGCCACCAUUUUGUGUAUCCAUUUAUCCAUCAAUGGACACUUGGGUUGCUUCACCCUUUUGGAUAUUAUGAAUAAUGCUGCUAUGAAUAUGACUGCACAAACAUCUCUUAAUAUACCAAAAGUGGGAUUGCUGGAUUGUAUGGUAAUUAUAUUUUUUUAUUUUUUGAGGAACCACCGUACUGUUUUCCAUAGCAGCUAUACAAUUUUGACAUACACCAGUGCACAAGAAUUCCAAUUUAUCCACAUCCUCAGUGCCUGUUAUUUUCUGGGUGGUUUUUGUUUUUAUAGUAGCCAUCCUAAUGGGUAUGGCUGAGUCAUUCUGACAAGUAAUAAAAGUACUGCAUACUUUAUACAAGUCCUAUGAGUGCUACUGCAAGAACUAACAAGUUCAAUGCAGGAAUACAGGCACAAACCCUAACCCCCACCCCUGACCCCUAGCCCUAAUCCUAACCCCAGAAGUCAGGGGUUUAAUUACCUGGAGAGAACUCAACUACAAAUUACCAGGCACAUACCUUAACAUCCUAACUCUAAUCCCUAAAUUUAACCCUAACCCUCUGGAGAAGUCUCAACUGCAAAAUACCAGGCACACACUCUAACCCUCACCCUAGAUCUGAAGAAAGUGGCUUCCUGAACACACAAUAAGAAAAGCUGAGAAGCUGCCUAGUUAUCCUGGGGGAAGACCCCAAACAUUUAAGUAUUGGUAGUAUUUCUGAAAAUGGUUGGAAAGGUAGAGUUAAAAACAGAAGGACCAACUGAAUACGUAUUUAAAGAGUAUUUAGAGCCCCAAAUCCCUUCCUUGCCUCAGCUCAGUGGAUGGCUGCUGUGUCUGUUCUCACCCCAGCACAAGUCUGGGGUUUUAUUCUCUGGAGAGGUCUCUGAACUGCAGGAUACCAGGCACAUAUCCUAACGCUAACUGUAUAGCUGAGAAAGAAAAGUUUUAGAAGCAAAAUAUGUCCUCCAACUGACAAUUUUGAAACCAGAUUCUGAAUAGUGUUAGCUUUGCUAGUAGAUUUUAAAUGUUAGCUUAUUUGAAAACUAUCCCAAAAUGUUCUCUGGUGGUACAUAUAGUAUUUGAAUAUUCACUGUAGACUUAUAAAUCUUUGUAAAUAUUGUUAAACUUAGAAUUUUCGGAAAGAUUUAUUUAUUUUAGACAGAGUGAGCAAGCAUGAGCAGGGGGAGAGGCAGACAGAGAGAAUCUUAAGCAGACUCCAUGCUGAGUGCAGAGCCUGAUGUGGGGCUUGAUCUCUCGACCCCGAUAACAUGACCUGAGCUGAAACCAAGAGUUGGAUGUUUACUGAGCCACCUGGCUACCCCCUAAACUUAAUAUUUUCUAAACAACUUUUUUUUUAGGUAUGCAUGAUUAUAAGAGUUGGAAAUAUUUUAAGAGAAAAAUGGGUAAUCAGUCAACUGGUUACAAAUUUGUUUCAAGUCACUGUAGUAUAAACUCAACAUGGACAGUGGAUUUCAUAGGCCUCUCAAACAUAGUAUGAAAAGAAACACAAUGAAAAUAAUCUUAAUCAAUGUCUUCUUCUUCUAAGGAAGAAGUAACACCAGUGCUACUCAAAUAUUUCCUGAUAUUAAUAAGAGCCCAUUUUAUGAGGCCUGCAUUACCCUUAUAUCAAAAAUUACUAGAGUUACAAGAAAACUGAAGAUUGGUACCAUGAACCUGAUGCACAUAUUAGUAAAUCAAUUCCAUCAAUUAAAAAAAAAGUACACUGUUACCAAAUGACAUUAUUCCAGAAAUACCAGGGUGGUUUAAUAUGUGAAAAUCAACAUGAAUAAACUAACAAAACCAUAUGAUCAUGUCAACAGAUGCAGAAAAAGCAUGUGACAAAAUUCAACACUUAGGAUAAAAAUUCAUCAAACUAGGAAUAAAAGGAACAUUCUCAACUUGAUGAAGGACAUCUAUGAAAAAGUCACAACUCACAUCAUAUUUAAUGGUGAAAGACUACAUGUUUCCCCCCCCUCAGAUGAGGAACAAGACAAGGAUGUCCCUCUUAGGUGUUCUGUUCAACAAAGUACUGGAGUUUGUACCCAUGCAAUAGAGCAAAGAGAAAGAAAGAAAAGACAGUUUGAAAGGAAGUACAAUUAUCUCCCAUUUGCAGAUGAUAUCAUCCAUGUAGAAAAUUCUUGAGAUUCUGUAUGUUAAGUCUAGAACUAGCGAGUUUAACAAGAUCACACGAUAAAGGUCAAUAUACAGAACAUCAACGAUAUUUACGUAUAGCGUCAGAAUGUCCAGAGUAGGCCCAAGAUGGAGUCACUUAUUCUACAUCCCACAUCAGCAAACCAAAACAGCUCAGUUUCUAUGCUCAGCUCUCCCAAAAAAGGAAUGCAUAGACCAACCAAUUAGCUAGCACUUGCCCGCUCAGCGUAAGUAACUUAACCAAGCUCCAAGUCUUCCCUUUUCUCCAUAUAUGAAAAGUAAUCCUAUUUUAACCAGUUAAAUGCCCAAUAUAACUUCCUUGUUCCUAUUCACCUUGGUCUAUGAAGCCUCUUGCUUUGUAAGAAGCUCUUUUCUGUUUCCUAGCCUGGAUGCUUCCCAAUUCAUCAAUCGCUAAAUGAAAGCCAAUUAUAUCAGGAAAUAAAAUAUCUGUAAAAUUUCCCCUUAUCACCAGCAAUGCACAGUUUGAAACAAAUUAAAAAAUAAUUAAAAAACAGUAUCAUCAAAAACAUGAGAUAGCUGGGCAUAAUUUUAAUAAAAUGUGAAGUGCCUAUACACUGAAAUUUAUAAAACAUUAAUGAGAAAGCAAAGGCUAUUAAAUAUAUACACAGAGAGAUGUACUAUGUUCAAUAAUUGUGAGACUCAAUACUGUUAAAACACCAAUUCUCCCCAAAUUGAUACAUGCAUGGGUUCAAUGCAAUCCGAUCAAAAUAACAAGCAAGCUUUUUUCUUUUUUUUUCGUUUGGAAUUUAAAAUCUAUGUAGAAAUGCAAAGGAACUAGAAUAAGCCAAAACAAUUUUGAAAAGGGUAAAAAAAGGUUGAAAGACUUAAAAUAAAGCCGUAGUAACAAAUACAAGGUAGUAAUGCCAUAAAGAUGAGACACACAGAUUAUUGGAGCAGGAUAAGGAAUCCAGGUACAGACCCUCAUAUAUGACUGAUUUUCAGCAAAGUCUCCAAGGUAAUAGUAUUUGGGGGAAAAAGUGCAUAUCCAUAUGUAAACCCUCUCCCUCCCCCCCAACAAAGCUCAAAUCUUCUCUCCCACUAUAUACAAAAAUUAACUUGAACUGAAUGAUAUACCUGAAUGUGAGAGCUAAAAUGAUAAAAUUUAUAUAAGAACUCCUUUGUCACUUUGGUUUAAGAAAAGAUUUCCUAGAGAAAACAAUAAAGCACUGGCCAUAAAAAAAAA